UCCCCUUUCCGGGUCCAGCUCAACUUAGAAGGGCCCGUGUACUCAACCAGAAAGAUUCGUGCAUUUAGCAUAUAUCUAAUAUCGAAAAGGUCGUCGCAGGCAAAAACAUCCGAAGCCAGACUGGUUUCGGAGCUAGAAGGCACAUCCAUAUUCACGUCCGAGCCCUAUAAAGUCAAGGGCCCGAUUCCAGAUCCGAAGCAGCAGCCACCGAAGAAGGAGCAGCUCAAUUGCCCACAGAAAAACCUGACAAAGAGAAUCUACUAUAGUAAAGGCCAAUUGUCACUGAGAUCACUUCAACCAGCGCAGGUUAGGGUCGAUAUCCUUGAGCCGAGAGCUGAGCUGAAAUUGGGCCGUCCCUCG